GGUAGUCAGAGUUCCAUUUAUUAGAGACAAGUGAUGUCAAUACCAUGGUUACUUUUUAAAAACGCAUGCUCGGAAUCUGUCCAGUUACAUCUGAGCUUUGAAGGAUAAUUCCUCCAGCAAAACCACACUUGAGUAAUGCUUCAGCUCCGCGCAAGCACGCCCAUCUCGGAUGAUGUCGUUGAAGCACCGCUCGGUCUCCGGGAUUCUGCUGUAUGCCUGGAGAAACGCUGGCAGGUCGCGGUAGCUUGCGAACUCACAUUACGUCUUACCCUUGUGCGAGAUGUUGUAUGCCACAAAGAAACCGUGCCGAUUCAAAUCAGCCUGGUCAAACGCCCUUGCCUGUGGACUUCCAUUCUUCUGGACCGCCGAAAAGCACGACCUUUCUCCGCUACCAACAGGCACCCAUCCAUGGCGACGAACGCACUCACCCUAUUCUGUCUCGUCGACGGCGAGUCCACAGCUAACGCGUUCCCUGUCAAGGCCACAUCUGCAGCCUCUGUUGGCGAGCUCAAGGAGCUCAUCAAGGCCAAGAAGUCACCAGAGUAUGACGGCAUUGCUGCGGACAGGCUCACGCUCUGGCGAGCCACAAUCCUCGUUGACGAGAAUGCCGGGGACGAGAACAUCAUCACGCUCGAUGAUCUGGACGACAAGACGAAGCUAGGCAACCCAAGGACAUGCCUUUCCAAGCUGUUCCCUGAGAGCCCUGACGACAACACAUACAUCAUUGUGCAGCCACCCCCGCCAGCUCCUAAAAGAGACCGUGAAGAGGAUGUGGGUGAGUAUUAUUGAUCUUUUCUAACCACCUCUUGUCUUUUACUCA